CCCGAGCUCGCCCGCGUACAUGGUGCGCGGUGCCGCUUCCUCCUCGCCAGGAGUUGCUCUCACUUGUCGGGCAGCAAAAUGUGGCCGGGCUUAGUGGCGACACUUUGGUUGUGUUUGUGUUUGCGCGGAGACUCGAUGGCCGGCUUUCCCAACCAAAUCAACAUCGGUGGGCUCUUCAUGCGUUCCACGGUCCAGGAGCACAGCGCCUUCAGGUUUGCGGUGCAGCUGUACAACACCAACCAGAACGCCACGGAGAAACCCUUCCACCUCAACUACAACGUCGACAACCUGGAGUCGUCCAACAGCUUCUCCGUCACGCAUGCCUUCUGCUCUCAGUUCUCCCGAGGGGUCUACGCCAUCUUCGGCUUCUACGACAGGAAGUCCAUGAACACGCUGACCUCCUUCUGCGGGGCGCUGCACACCUCCUUCAUCACGCCCAGCUUCCCCAUCGACGCCGACGCGCAGUUCGUCAUCCAGAUGAGGCCCGGCUUGCGGGGCGCCCUUCUCAGUCUGCUGGACCAUUACAAGUGGGAGAAGUUUGUCUACCUUUACGACACCGAGAGAGGUUUUGCCAUCCUCCAGGCCAUCAUGGAGUCGGCCGUGGCUAACAACUGGCAGGUGACGGCUCGCUCGGUGGGGAACGUCGCCGACCCCGCCGAGUAUCGACGCAUCAUCGAGGAGAUGGACCGGCGGCAGGAGAAACGCUUCCUUGUCGACUGCGAGGUCAACAGGAUCAACUCCAUUCUCGAGCAGGUGGUGAUUGCGGGCAAAAACACCAGAGGAUACCACUAUAUCCUUGCCAACCUGGGUUUUUCCAACAUGAGCUUGGACAGAGUCUUUUCCGGCGGAGCCAACAUCACAGGCUUCCAGAUCAUCAACCCGGACAGCGCCAUCGUGCAGCAGUUCCUCCAACGCUGGGAGCGUCUCGAUGAAAGAGAAUUUCCAGAAGCUAAAAACACUCCGCUAAAGUACACAUCGGCGCUGACCCAUGACGCCAUCCUCAUCAUCUCCGAGGCCUUCCGCUACCUUCGGCGCCAGCGCGUGGACGUUUCCCGCAGGGGGAGCGCAGGCGACUGCCUGGCUAAUCCCGCCGUGCCCUGGAGUCAAGGCAUCGACAUCGAGAGAGCCCUGAAAAUGGUUCAAGUUCAAGGCAUGACAGGAAACAUCCAGUUUGACACGUUCGGGCGAAGAGCUAACUACACAAUCGACGUGUACGAAAUGAAGUCGGGAGGGCCCAGGAAGAUCGGCUACUGGAAUGAAUACGAAAAAUUUGUUUUUAUAAUGGAUCAGCAGGUCACCAACGAGUCGUCUUCUGUGGAAAACCGAACAAUUGUGGUCACUACUAUUAUGGAAGCGCCGUACGUGAUGUACAAGAAAAACUAUAUGCAGCUGGACGGGAAUGACAGAUAUGAAGGCUACUGUGUCGAUUUAGCGUCUGAAAUUGCAAAGCAUGUGGGCAUACGAUAUAAGCUGUCGGUAGUUCCGGAUGGGAAAUACGGAGCCCGAGAUCCCGAGACCAAGACGUGGAACGGGAUGGUGGGUGAACUGGUUUACGGGAGAGCCGACAUAGCCGUGGCUCCUCUCACGAUAACGUUGGUACGAGAAGAAGUGAUAGACUUCUCCAAGCCCUUCAUGAGCUUGGGCAUCUCCAUCAUGAUCAAGAAGCCCCAAAAGUCCAAGCCCGGCGUCUUUUCCUUCCUGGACCCGCUGGCCUACGAGAUUUGGAUGUGCAUCGUGUUCGCCUAUAUCGGCGUGAGCGUGGUGCUGUUCCUGGUGAGCCGCUUCAGUCCUUACGAGUGGCACCUGGACGAGAACGACGAGGCCAAAGACCCUCAGAGCCCCCCCGACCCGCCCAACGACUUUGGCAUUUUUAAUAGCCUGUGGUUCUCGCUGGGUGCCUUCAUGCAGCAAGGAUGCGAUAUCUCGCCAAGGUCACUGUCAGGUCGCAUCGUCGGAGGGGUGUGGUGGUUCUUCACCCUCAUCAUCAUCUCCUCCUACACGGCCAACCUGGCGGCCUUCCUCACCGUGGAGAGGAUGGUUUCGCCCAUCGAGAGCGCCGAGGACCUGGCCAAGCAGACCGAGAUCGCGUACGGGACGUUAGACUCCGGCUCCACCAAGGAGUUCUUCAGGCGCUCCAAAAUAGCCGUUUAUGAGAAAAUGUGGUCGUACAUGAAAUCGGCGGAACCGUCGGUGUUCGCCAAGACAACACCCGACGGGGUCUCCCGGGUACGAAAGUCGAAGGGCAAGUUCGCCUUUCUCCUGGAGUCCACCAUGAACGAGUACAUAGAGCAGCGCAAGCCGUGCGACACCAUGAAAGUGGGCGGCAACCUCGACUCCAAAGGCUACGGCGUGGCCACGCCCAAAGGCUCCGCAUUAAGAACUCCAGUAAACCUCGCAGUAUUGAAACUCAGUGAACAAGGCAUCUUAGACAAGCUGAAAAACAAAUGGUGGUACGAUAAAGGUGAAUGCGGAACCAAGGACUCGGGAAGUAAGGACAAGACAAGUGCACUAAGCCUGAGCAAUGUGGCAGGGGUCUUCUAUAUUCUGGUGGGGGGGCUGGGCCUGGCUAUGACUGUGGCGCUCAUAGAGUUUUGCUACAAGUCUCGGCAAGAGACCAAAAGACUCAAGCUGGCAAAGAACGCCCAAAAUUUUAAGCCAGCCCCUCCGGUGAACACCCAGAAUUUUGCCACGUACCGUGAAGGCUACAACGUGUACGGGACAGAGAGCGUCAAAAUCUAAAGGAGGAGACUUUGGGUGCCAAAUUCCCAGCCGGAUGGGAGCGACCACUGUGUGUGUGAGACUCUGUGACCCCCCCCCCCCCCCCCCGCCGCCGGGCUGGGCAGCGCGAAGCGUUUGGCAAGGCCCGCCCGUCACAGCGACACACGGCCGUGACGCCGCCGGACUUGUAGAGGUUCUCUUUCCUCUCACAGUGCCUUAACGGAGCUUUCGGCGUCGUGGCAAUUGACAUUCACUUCGAAUUAAAUGUGUGCGCAAUUGAGAGUGGAACUUUGGCGAUGUUCACCUUGAAGAUUUUGGAUGAUUUGGAAUGGAAAACAUCCCGAUUUGGAUCCUUUAGAGCAGGGGUCACCCACCUUUUUCAAUCUGAGCGCUCAAGUAUUUCUUGGCUACUGAUUCAUUUUGCCACACACUUCUGAAAUAACCAAUUUGCCCAAAUUACCUUUAAUUAUACAGUGUGCUAUUAUUCAUUAGUCAUCAUGUUAAUGAUUUCUCUGAAAAGUUAACAAGGUGAGAUUUUUUUCUAUUUAACUCUGCAAGUCUUUGCAUUUUCAAAUGACAUUCCUAGAAAAUCACAAUGUCCGCCCGCAGGCUGCUGGCGUCGUCCUCGGCGGCAACCAUGUUUGUGACCCUUGCUUUCGGGACUUAUUUUUGUGGUGAAAUCUUAUGUUGUUUAACUGUUAUUAUAUUUGGUGAAGUCAUUCUCUUGUUUUCCUCUUAAGACUUUUAAGUGUCAUAAUAUUUAGGACGAGCGUCAAUUAAGGUUUAAGCUUUUUCUGUCUUUGUAAUCAAACGGACGUCAUCCCCGGUAUCAUUUUGAAGCUCAAUUAUGAGAAAUGUAGAGAAUGCGAAGCUAAAUGACUGCAUUUAGCUACAAUUGCUCCAAGGUCUUUUGAGUUUCACUUUUUUUGUCACUUAGUGCCAUAUUGAACUUUGAAUUUGAGACAAUUCAUGACAUAAUAUUCCAAAUGCUUAACUGGGUUUAUGGUUUACACUUUGUACACUCGCAGAUGCUGCUCACAUGAUUGCAGAAUCUACAAUAGUUAAUUUGAAGAUUUUGACUUUUUUUUUCCCCUCCACCCUUUCUGUGUCUAUGCAUUUAUUGCAGGAGAUGAGCUGUACAAACGCAAACGUUUAUAAAAAAGAACUUUUUACAAACUUCAAAAUGCUACAGGUCAUUCGCAUUUGUUUGACGUGCCCCCACUCUCCAUGGAACGUUAUUAGCAAAUGCCCAAUAGUAUUUGAUCGAGGUUGUUUUUAAUGAUUUGUACGGCAAACAUGAGCGGCAUGCAUGGACAAACUAGCGUCGGAGGAAAGCUCACAAAGCACUUCCUUAAUAAAAGCUGGUUUGUAUUCA